CUCUUUGCACUCCACGGGAAAGAAUAGCGGUAACACACACGGUGACACGCUUGAAAUUUGUUGACUCGCACAAGUCUGUUUCCAGCUGUGGGAAUACACACACGCAUGCAGUUUUACUGAUAGGCUACUGUAAUGUAAGUCUAGGCAAGUGUACAUUUGUACCUAUACUUUUGUUUUUAUUGUUCGGUUCGUUUGCAGUCCUGCUAGUUAGCCUACUUCUCAUUAGCUUACUAGCCUAACCCGUAGGCACAUUUUCGUUUGCUGUCAGUUCCUGGGUGAAUGAUUGUCGUGCAUCACGAUCAACUAAUCGGCAUGGAGAUGCACCAUUGACUGCAAAUCUUUAACCAUUAUAAUUGCUCAAUAAUCCCAAAGAGGUCGUUGCAGAGCUUCGUGGCGCUUUGAUGGAAGCUGUUUUUCAAGCUCCCAAACGACGUGCAAGAGUUUAUGAAGUUUAUGAGGCGCCUCUGCCUGUAUUAACAUUCGAUCAGGAUGCGGCACACCGGCAUCAUCUUGUAUUCAAAGCCGAACUUAUCAAUAAUCACGUAAUUGUGAGGCAUCCAGACUAUAUACAAUCCCUGUACAGUAAGGGCUACUUUGGCAAGGGCAUUUUGUCUAGAAGCAGACCAGAACAUAGCCUGUCUGAGCGGUGGAAAAAUCAUGGUGACCUCUAUCUCCCCAUCAUCUCCCACUCCAGGUAUCAAACACAGGUGCAAUUGGCACAGGAGGCUUUGCAGGCUCAAGGUUUGGAAGAGGAGGUUGUCGAUCAGACCCUUGAAAGGUUAUCCCAGCCUGUGGAAUUCCUUGUAACAGAAAGUGGUAAGGAUCAGGAAAAUGGACAUGCAGAGACCCCUCUCAGCCCUCAUGGACAGGAAAACGCAGAGUCAUACUUGGACACAACUGUACAUUUCCUUGAUUCUUCAUCAAAGGCACCUUCUGGAAAUGAACGUCUCAGCGAUGCAUAUGAAGGUGCAGGUGAAAACCCUCCUGAGGCUAAGAGGCCUCGACGGCAAGGGAACCCUGUGCACGACCCCUUAGCCAGUCUGUACCCAGAGGAGCCCAAGCAGCUAGACCAGAAGACCUUGUCCCAAAUCAGGUGUCUGAGGCACGACGACUGGAUCGUCCACUGUGGCUGUCGGCUGCGGGACAGUCAGCUGGAGGCUGCGACCCAGAACAAAGCUGGCGUUCAGGGUGUUGAGUAUGUUCUUGUCGAGGAGCAGGAUGACAAUGAGGAGUCCACAUCAAGCCUGAGAAAUGUAAAUACACGUGCCAAUGGCACAGGGAAAUUAGUGUGCCGAAUUAACCCCUUCAGGAUUACUGAAUACCUACAGCUGAGUUUGGAGGAGGCAUUCUUCCUGGUCUAUGCUUUGGGCUGCUUGUCGAUUUAUGACCAUGAGGAACCACUGUCAAUUGUCCAGAUGUGGGAAAUGUUUCGUUCGAUGCAGCCUAACUUUGAGACCACCUAUGUGGCUUACCAUUAUUUUCGCUCCAAAGGAUGGAUUCCUAAGACAGGAGUGAAAUACGGUUCUGAUUUCAUGCUCUACCGGAAAGGACCACCUUUUUAUCAUGCCAGCUACUCAGUGGUGGUGGAGAGGGUAGAUGAGUCCUUUAAGGGGGCAACACUGCGACCUUUCAGCUGGCGCUCACUGGCAGCCCUUAGCAGGAUCACUGGUAAUGUCUCUAAGGAGCUGAUGUUUUGCUAUGUUGUUAUUCCGUUGAACAUGGCUGAAGAGAUGCUUUGCUCUCCAGAAUGCAUCAAGAAGAUUAAAGUGCAGGAGAUUAUUUUGAGCAGAUGGAUAUCCUCACGAGAGCGCACCGACCAAGAUGAAAUCUAGACAUAUAGAUGUGGACUGAAUUACUACUGUCACUGUUACAAAGGCGGUCAGAACAAAUCAACAGCUGUGGAGCAGCUCCUCUACAAGAGUUGAGACACGGCCAAAGUCCACAUGGACGUUAGAAGAAAUGUUGCAACUUUCUGUCAGUUGAGUGGACUUUAUUUGCUUUAAUCAUUCUUUUGCCAAUGAACAUUUGUUGCAGCUGUUUUAAGAAUCUGGAAGUCCGAUUUUCCGUUAAUUGUUUGGAGACCAAUUGUUGUUGGAAUACUCUGCUAAACAGUCACUUGAGAUGUACAAUCCUUUUCUCCUGAAUAAAUGUACAAACGUCAUCUA